AUGAAGUUAGAGAAUGGGAAACUGAAAGUUGUGUGGCCGGAUUCUCAGACUUUGCCUGGCAUCCUGGUGACCACCUACAGUGCGACCUUUGGAAAUCCCAGCUCUCCCAGAGCAAAGGUGAGCUCACCCCCCAUCCCUGCCCUGGGGUCAAGCUCUGAGAGGCCCGAGGACAGCCGCGGGGCUGAAUUCGGCCUCGAAUGUGUUAGUGAGAAGGCCGUCCCUGCCCUGAGGAGUAAGCUCCGAGCUCAGGAGAAACGUCGCCAAAACAGAGCUGAGGCACAAAGUCUUAAGAGUGCCGAGGCCGCUACAGGAGAAGAUGCAGAGGCCGCUUGCUCCUCCUCUUCAGUUCUGGCAGGUGCACCCUCAAGUGCCACUGGUGCUGGUCCUCUCCAGACACCUUCGAGUGCCCCAGCCACCACCAGUGCCACUGCAGGUGUUUCGUGCAAAAGAUCUGCUGGAAAAGCCAAAGGCCGUGUUUGCAAGAGUAAAAGUUCCUCCCAGGCCUCACCUUCCCCUGAAAGCUUUGCCCUAGAUAUCCUGACCCAGAAGGCCAGUCACUUGGUAGACUAUCUUCUGAAUCAGUAUCAAAUGAAGGAGCCCAUUAGAAAGACAGACAUGCUGAAGAUAGUCCACAAAUGGUACAGGAAGGACUUUUCUGAGAUUCUGAAGAUGGCCUCAGACCACAUGGAUCUGGUGUAUGGUCUAGAACUGAAAGAAGUCAAGCCCAAUGGUAACUUGUACACCCUCGUGCAAAAUGAAGAUGCCACCAGUGAUGAGAGUGUGAGCAGAGCCUGGACUUUUCCUACCAAAGGGAUUCUGAUGCCUGUCCUGAGUGUGAUCUUCUUGAAUGGCAACCGCACCUCUGAGAAGGAGAUCUGGGAAUUCCUGAAUAUGAUGGGCAUCUAUGAAGGAAAGUCUCACUUCAUUUUUGGAGACACCAGGAAGCUUAUCACCCAAGAUUUGGUGCAGGAAGAAUACCUGGUGUACCAGCAGGUGCCCAACAGCGAUCCUCCACGCUAUGAGUUCCUAUGGGGUCCGAGAGCCCAUGCCGAGACCAGCAAGAUGAAAAUUCUGGAGUUCGUGGCCAAGAUGAAUGAUAGAGUCCCUACUUCCUUCCCAGCCUAUUAUGCAGAAGCUUUGAAAGAUGAGGAAGAGCGAGCCCGAGCUGCACUCAAGGCUAGCGGCCCUUCCAAGGCCAGCAGUGACCCCAGACCCGCAUCCAGCCACUACCCGCAGCCUGAGUGA